GAGAGGCUGGGGCAGCAGGACAGGAAAUCACUGCUGCUUGCAAAACAUCAAGAUGACCAUUUGGCCAUCAGCAUUUUAUUUACUUAAGCUCAACCCUACAGCAAACAUUAUCUAUCACACAUAGGCAGCAAGCGUACAGCAUGGAGGCUCUCCGUCCUCUUACUUGUGCUCUACUUCUCUGCUUUUAUAUAUCCCAAAGCUCCGCAGCAUUGAAACCCGGCCACCACAACUCCAGACAUGAUCGGAUGUCCCCAGUCACACUGAAGCACACUUCACGGACAGUCAUGACAGAAGACGGUAAACCAUGCAAGUUCCCAUUUCGGGCUGGGGGACGCUUGCAUUUCUCUUGUACAUCGGGACGUCUCUUUCAAAGAAAAUGGUGCGCAACAACAAGAAACUACGACAGGGACAGAGAGUGGGGGUACUGCGACAGAAACUCCAGUCUGGACAUUAUUGUUCAAAAUCACUGCGCCAAGAACCCUUGCCAACAUGGCGGCACCUGUAUCAAUGCGCCGUUUAGAAACACUUACAGCUGUUGGUGCCCAGAGGAGUUCUCAGGACAGGACUGUGAGAUAGCAAAGUGUUUUGAUGAAGCCCACUAUCAGCAUUAUGACGUAGGAGAGACAUGGACCAGAAUUCACAAGGGCAGAGUGGAAACGUGCUCUUGCCAUAACAGCAAGAUAGAGUGUCACGGCGGAGAGAGAUACACAGCUUGCAUUGUAAACCCGUGCCUUAAUGGCGGAGCCUGUCGACUGAUGAUCGCAACCGGGAAAACGGUGUGUGGUUGUAAUGACGGCCACGUUGGGAAAUACUGCAAUAUAGAUGUCAAGCAGAAAUGUUUUGACUAUAAUAACGCGACAGAGUACAGAGGAGUCAUGAAGAAGAGCCGCUCCAGCCACAGCUGCCUUAGGUGGAAUUCUGAUAUCCUGCUCGAUGAGAUUCACACCAACACAGUGACCGAUUUUAUUCUGAAAGGUUUAGGAUCCCAUCCAUACUGCAGGAGCCCAGAUGACGAUACUUCUCCUUGGUGUUAUGUGAUAAAGGAUUCCUUUGUUUCUUGGGAGCAUUGCCCCAUAUCUCACUGUACUAAUAAAGCCAGGAGGAUAAUAGAAGAGCAAGAAGUAUUUGUUGCCGCAAAACCAAAGUGUGGGAAAAAACAUGAGAAACGCAUUGUGUCUCGAGGAAGAAUCAUGAAUGGUAUUUCAGCACUCCCGGGUUCUCACCCCUGGAUCGCAGCAAUAUACAUCGGGAAUGAUUUCUGCUCCGGCAGCCUCAUAUUGCCUUGUUGGGUGGUCUCGGCCGCACACUGCUUUUCUCACAGCCCCAAGAAAUCAUCUGUGAAAGUGGUCCUGGGACAGCAGUUUUUCAACCACUCAUCAGAUGUCACUCAGUCAUUUGAAAUAGACAGAUAUAUUUUUUAUGACAAAUAUUCCAUAUUUAAGCCCAACGAGCAUGAUAUUGUGUUAAUAAGGCUGAAAAAGAAAGAUGGCCAUUGUGCAAAGAAGACGCAGUUUGUCCAGACAAUCUGUCUGCCGGAGAAUGGGAUCACUUUUGAGGAUGGGUAUAGAUGUGAGAUAUCUGGAUGGGGCCGUAUGAAUGAAGACGCUACUGAUUAUGCUGAUGUACUGCAAGAAGCAGUGGUGCCAAUCAUCCCUGACAGUAAAUGCAGCAGCCCUGAAGUCUAUGGAUUUGAGCUCAGUGAAAAUAUGUUUUGUGCCGGAUAUUUUGAUUGCAGCAUUGAUGCUUGCCAGGGUGACUCUGGAGGACCGCUGGCGUGUGAGCAGGAUAAGACUUUCUAUCUGUACGGAAUUGUCAGCUGGGGAGAUGGAUGCGGCAGACUCAACAAGCCCGGAGUGUACACAAAAGUCUCCAACUACCUGCAGUGGAUCAGUAGCAAAACUAUGCCUAAGAAAACCGAUAAAAGAUAACUGUAUGGUGGUCUCAUCUUAAUCUUUUUAUUUCAUAAUAAACAUGCUGAAGUUAUAAUUGUCAUAGAUUGAACAUAGUAAGCUUGCUGGCACAGGAUUUAUGACUCCAAAUAAACUUCUUCAUUAUGGCCUUGAAUCCCCAAAUUUGAAUUGUAAUAUGGAAAAUACUGCAAUCUGAUCGCGUGGAUAGACCUCGCAAUCGCACGUGUAGAUCACAUUUUUUUUAAAGCUAUUGUUGCUUAAAAAAUUAUAUUUUUGAGGAGCCCUAAUAGCACGAAUAAUAAAAAGCCCCCUUAUUGUUAUCAGCACAACCGCUGUGUCUAUGUACAUAAAUGAAAACACACCCCCUGCAGGCUUUUGAGAGCCGCUGCUGUGUGGCCAAAGGCCCAGCAUCGGAUCUUUGAGGUCAUACUGACCCGAUCGCACGCUGCGAUCGGGUCAGAACUGCGCAUGCGCCGGUGCCGCACUGCACCGGCGCAUGCCAGACGACCGAAGGCCGUCACUGCGGUACGAUUGCCUCUGCCUGAUUGACAGGUAGAGGUGGUCGCUGGGUGGGGGGGACGAAACGGCAGCGUUUGGCCGCCUUUUCGUGGGCGCGGCCCGGCCAACGCAAGUGUGGCCGGACUGUGCGGGGGGCGGAGAGUAGCUCCUGGCCAGCACGCUAAAGCUGUACUGGCCGGGAGCUACCCCUAAAGUGCAAAAGCAUUGCAGCUGUGCGAUGCUUCUGCACUUCGCUGUGCCCUGCCACUGUGCGAUGCUUUUGUGCGGCGGGGCCGGCACUGACAUGCGGGAUGGGAUAGCCCUGUGCUGGGCGUCCCCCCGCAUGACUAUGGACAUGAUCGUAGCCCUGCAAAAUUUUGCAGGGCUACGAUCAACUCGGAAUGACCCCCCUUAUGCGUGACCAUCAGACAUCUAAGGAAUCCUCCAGUUACUCAGGAUAUCCAGCAAAAUGAUGCUGCCAGGGCCAGUAAAACUGCAUCCAAGUACACAGCCCCUGGCUUCACCAUGCCCAGAAAAUAGGGCCGACUUGCCCCCAUUUUCUGGAAUGCUGCCUGUAGCUGCCUCCAAACGCCAGCAGCAUGCUGCAUGCUUUUGGGGCACCACAACUGACAUCACAGGACCUGAUCUGCACAUGCGUAGAGCAUGCAUAGAUCAUUAAAUAUCAGAAUUUAUGUAAUUAUUGAAUUUACAUAAAUCUUUGAAUCAGGCCCAAGCAGUUACAGAGGUGGGGCUGGAGCACAGUCCAAAACUCAAAUAGGGGAGCCACACCAACUGCCAGUGAGGCCCGGCCGGCGAUGUUUCUCAGUGUUUGGGGUGGCAGUUGGUGAGGCUCCCCUAUUUGAAGUUUGGACUGUGCUGCAGCCCCACCUCUGAAGCUAUCACUGCGCCCAAGGUAUCCGAAAAUGGAAUAAUGGCACCUGGGCCAAUAUCCUGUGCAAUGAGUUGUGUUCUGGUUGCAUUUUGAAGCGUCUGAAUGCACCACAGAUUGAUGGAAUAAUGGCACAGGAAGCGCUCAUGUUUAAGAACCCCAAAAUAAUGUAAUGUCAGUAAAGUCUAAUGGUCCGAUGCAACUUUGGAAGUAAAUCAGGUGUGCAUUGCUCAGGAGAAUCGUACAUUGGAAAAUGAGUAUAUUCGCCCAUAUGCAUUGAUGUGCAGUUUUGAGCACACUCAUGGUUUACUACUACUCAUCAUCAUCAUCAUUAUCAUCAAUGCACAUUUACACUUCCCUCUACCAGGUGCAAAAGAUACUCCACCAUACAAGCAUAUUUAUAUGUACAUCCAUCUCCGCCUAUCCCGCAUUGGCGGUAACACGCCAUCACUGAACUGCGCUUACCUGAGAAUAGUCUUGCCUCCCAGUUCCUCCUCUUUAGUCCUACAUGUAGCUGCAAUUGAAAUAUGUAUGACCACAACUUCACCCGCACUGGCAUGCGCCCAUUUUCUGAGGAUGCUCAAUGCAAAUUUCCAAAUACCCCACACAAUGUAAUAUUGACAUUUCUGUUAUAAGUCUGUAAAUGUGCUUCAGAUUGCAAUAUCUUUACUAUAGUGAGUUAUUAAAGCAAACCUCAAAUGUUA